UUUGAUGUUCUUUCUUAAGUGUAUCUUCUUCUCUGAAGUAGUCGUUGGUGAUGAAGAUCCUCUUAGUUCAUCAUCAGGUUUGAUACUCUGUUUUUACUGGGGGGUUGGGAGUGUCUCUGUGGGACGCCAACGCAGAGGUGGAGCCAGACGAGGGUUUAUCUCACCUGGCCGGUGGAUUCAGAGCGUCUCUGAGCGUCUCUGAGCGCGACCAUGCUGAACUCCACCCAGGUGUCUGUUUUUGUUCUGGGUGGUUACUUCCACGCCAAACACCUGAAGGUGCUGCUCUUCCUGCUGGUUCUGGGCGUGUACGCUCUGAUCGUGUUCUGUAACCUCCUCCUCAUCGUGGUGAUCUGCGUGAGCCGCAGCCUGCAUGAGCCCAUGUUCCUGUUCCUCUGCAGCCUGUUUGUCAACGAGCUGCUGGGGAGCUCCGGCUUGUUCCCCUUCCUGCUGCUGCAGAUCCUGGCGGACGUCCACCGGGUCUCCGCCCCCCUGUGCUUCCUGCAGGUCUUCGUGGUGCACUCGUACGGGGCGGUGGAGUUCUUCAUGCUGGCCGUCAUGUCGUACGACCGGCUGGUGGCGGUGUGCCAUCCUCUGCAGUACCACAGCGUGUUGACGUGGAGGAAGAGCGCCGCUCUCACCGCGGCGCCGUGGGUUGCUGCUGUGCUCCUCAUCGUCUGCACCACAUCCCUGAGCUUCCCUCUGCAGCGCUGCAGGAACUUCAUCCCUAAAGUUUACUGCGAUAACUUCUCCAUGGUGAAGCUGGCCUGCUCCGACACCACCCUCAACAACGUCUACGGCCUGCUGCUGACCCUGCUGGGCGUCGGCCUCCCCGUGGCCUUUACCCUGUACAGCUACGCCCGGAUCCUCCGGGUCUGCCUGAGUGGGUCCAAACAGACCCGGCACAAGGCCGUCAGCACCUGCACGCCCCACCUGGCCUCGCUGCUCAACUUCUCCUUCGGCUGCGUCUUCGAGAUCGUCCAGAGCCGCUUCGACAUGAGCGGCGUUCCCGGCGUGCUGCGCGUCCUCCUGUCCCUGUACUUCCUGACCUGCCAGCCGCUCUUCACGCCGCUGCUGUACGGCCUGAAGAUGACCCGCAUCCGCAGCGCCUGCCUGCGCCUGCUGCCCCCCAGAGCCGGACCCGGAGCCAGAGCCUCGGUCUAA